AUGCUCGACGCCAGGUCCUACCCGCUGCUGGUUGGCCUGAUCGUGUUGGUCUGGCUUGCCCGGCCAACCCACGCCUUCGGAGCUGGUAACAUUGCCAGCAUCUCCAAGAUUGAGGGCCAGAACUGGCGCCACGGUGACAUUGAAGAUGCUCUCCUCACCAUCGCCAUGGCCCGCGCCAUGAACGGCAAGAAAUUUAGCAAGAUGAUGGUCUCUCGUGUCUACUUCGGUAACUGGCUGCGAGACUACUCCCAGGCCAUUGACGUCGGUACCGUCAAGUCCGUGUCUGCCGAGGCCAUUCGCCUUCUUCUCUGCGUUCUGGGCUUCCUGACUUUCGGUUACGGAUCCAAGGAGUUCGAGGUCACCGCCGACAGAUUGGGAUGCUACCGUCCCGAGGACCACAUCGACAACCCUAAAAACUACGCAGACAAUGCGGACGCUCGCCAAUAUGACCGUCGUCUGAGAGGUCCCGUCGACGAGGGUACUGAACUUGCCAUCGAUGACCGCACUGGCAUGAAGAACUACAUUGCGAAUGAGCAGGCUGGCAUCAUGACUUCUGCUGCCCACGUCCGCAAGCUGUUUGGUACCUGCAUCGAGCUUGCCCGAGGAUACGCCCGCAAUAAGAAUGAGGCCGAUCUUUACGAGGCGAUGCGCCUGAUGGGUACUGGUCUGCACUGCUUGGAAGACUACUUCGCCCACAGCAACUACACCGAGCUUGCCCUUAUCGAAAUGGGUGAGCGUGACGUGUUCCCCCACGUUGGCAGUGACACUCGCAUCAGACUUGAGGGUGCUAGAGACGAGGUUUACCCCAUUGUUACUGGUACUUUUGGCGGUGUUGAUUUCCUCCACUCCGUCACUGGCGAGGUCUCGGACAAGCUUACCCAAAACGAGAUCGAGGAGCUCGAGGGCACCCUCCAGGAGAGCAAGAACAACGACACUAGCAUUCUGCGCAACCUGUUGGAUAUGAUUCCCGACGGUAUCUUUGGCGGUAAGCACCAGAGCAACCGAGUGGACGAGCUCCAGAGCAACGCCACGUCGUCGCAGCUCCAGAACAUGCAGGUCUCUCCCAGAGACCCCGAGGAGUUCACCCGAUACAUUCAGGAUGUCUUUAAGCAAAUCAUGCCUGCUAUUGAGUUCCAUGACGAAAUCCUUCAGGGCAUCUCUGAGGCCGUUGAGAAAAUUCCUGUCCUGCCCAAGAUUUUGGAGCAGCUCGAGGAGCAACUGUCCAAGUUUGUCUUCUCUCUCAUCGCCCCCUUUAUCCUUCCCGUUAUCACCCAGAUCCGCAACGAGCUGCGCACUGGUUCUGCUGAGAUCAUUGAGAGCAGUGAGAGGGAGCAGCACGUCGUCUUCGAAGAUGACCGUUGCAGUGACCCUACCCACUCCAUGCUGUCCAAGGACCACUUCACCAACAUUCUGAACGAAAUUGCCGGUCGCUGCGCUGCUUUGACGGUCCAGUGGGUUGUUCCCCAGCUGAUGGAGGCCAUUGAUGAUGAGGGCGUUGAUGUUAACCGCACCUUGAACCGCAUUAUCUACGGUGUUCUGCACCACCCCGCCCAGCGCGAUAUGGGAGACGACGGCGCUCGCGAGGGUCGCCAGAAGAUCUUCCGAUUUGUCGAGGAGUGGUGGAACAACAUGGACCGAAGCCAGCAGGAUGACUACCGCCGCAAGCUCAGCCGCGAGGGAGUCCAGCGUGGAGAAAACCACAAGGAGGGUCAGCACGACACUGGUCACGGUCACGGUUGCAACGGAAAGCUUCACAUGCGUAAGCAGUUCGGCGAGCCCAAGACCUGGGAGGACAAGGUUGCCGAUAAGGCUGCCGGUGCCAUUCUGGAGGGUGCUUCGGGCGCCCUUGCCGGCCUCGUGCAGCAGCAGACUGGUGUUAAGGUUCCCCAGUAUAAGCACCAGAGCGAGCAGGAGGAAUCCAGUGGUGGUGCUGGCGGGCUCAUCGGAUCCAUCCUCGGAGGUGUCUUUAAGAAAGACGAGACCGAGUCUCACCACAGCAGCCGUCGCGAUGACGAUGGCUCUUACACACAGACCACAACAGAGUACGGCCACCACGGCAACAAGUAUGGUCAGGCUGAGUACAGCGAAACCCAGUACUCGGGCGGUGGAGGCCGCUCCGAAUACCGCCGCUACGAACAGGAGGAUAGCCACGGCGGACGUCAGACUAGCGGCUACGGAUACCAGGAGACCACGGAAACCAGAACUUCCUAUGGUGGCGGAUAUGAGCAGCGCACUGAGAGCCGCCGUUACGAGGGCAACACCGAGUCAGGCUACGGCGGCCGCCGUCAGGAAGAGAGUGGUUACGGAGGCGGUCGAGGUGAUGACGAGGGUGGCUAUGGUGGUGGCCGUCGCCAUGAGGAGAGCAGCUACGGUGGUGGCGGAGGCUACGGCGGACGCCGUGAGGAGGAGAGCAGUUACGGGGGUGGUGGAGGCUACGGCGGACGUCGUGAGGAUGAGAGCAGCUAUGGUGGCGGUCGUCGUGACGACGAGGGUGGCUACGGUGGUGGUCGUCGCCAUGAGGAGAGCAGCUACGGUCGUCAGGAGGGUGGCUACGGCCGUCAAGAGGAGAGCUACGGCGGAGGUCGCCGUGAUGAUGAGGACAACUACGGUGGUGGUCGUCGCCAAGAGGAAAGCUACGGCAGACGCCGCGACGAUGAUGAUGAACGUCGCGAGGGUGGUGGUGGUGGCGGUUUCGGCGACUUCAUCGGCAAGGUCGCCGAAAGUUUCGGUGACAACAACAACCGCAGGUGGUAG